ACCCUCGCUACGAUCGGGUAUGGUGACAAGACCCCCAAAACAUGGGAGGGACGGCUGAUUGCAGCUACGUUCUCUCUCAUUGGAGUAUCUUUCUUUGCUCUUCCUGCAGGCAUUUUGGGCUCAGGGUUGGCACUGAAGGUCCAGGAGCAACAUCGUCAAAAACAUUUUGAGAAAAGAAGAAAGCCAGCAGCUGAACUCAUUCAGGCUGCUUGGAGAUACUAUGCUACUAACCCCAACAGGAUUGAUCUAGUUGCUACCUGGAGGUUUUAUGAAUCAAUUGUAUCAUUUCCAUUUUUCAGGAAAGAGCAAUUGGAUGGUACUGCCAGCCAAAAGCUGGGUCUCUUGGAUCGGGUUCGUGGUACCAAUACUAAAGGAAAGCUAUUUACCCCUCUGAAUGUAGAUGCCAUUGAAGAAAGUCCUUCAAAAGAGCCUAAGAAUGUUGUCUUGAAUAAUAAGGAGCGUUUUCGCACUGCAUUCCGAAUGAAAGCGUACGCUUUUUGGCAAAGCUCAGAAGAUGCAGGGACAGGAGAACCGAUGGCAGAAGAGAGAGGUGACAGUAGCGACUUUCUUAUGGAAGAUAUGAUCCCCACAUUCAAGACAGCCAUCCGAGCUGUCAGAAUACUACAGUUUCGUCUCUAUAAAAAAAAGUUCAAGGAGACUUUGAGGCCUUAUGAUGUAAAGGAUGUGAUAGAGCAAUACUCAGCAGGGCAUCUUGAUAUGCUUUCCAGAAUAAAAUAUCUUCAGGCAAGAGUAGAUAUGAUUUUUACACCUGGACCUCCAUCUACUCCCAAGCAUAAGAAAUCCCAAAAGGGAGGAGCUUUUUCUUACCCUUCACAACAGUCUCCCAGAAAUGAUCCAUAUGUAGCCAAAGCAUCUACAGCAGAUACUGAAGACCAAAGUAUGAUGGGGAAAUUUGUUAAAGUUGAACGACAGGUUAAUGACAUGGGGAAGAAACUGGAUUUUCUUGUUGAUAUGCAUAUGCAUCAUAUGGAACAGCUGCAAAUACAAGUUGCUGAGAUAAGUCCAUUGAAAGAAACUGCUUCUCCUGCAAAGGAGACUAGAGAAGAAAACAAGUAUUCUGAAUUAAAAACAAUAAUAUAUAAGUACACUGAGCAGUGUGCUCAUGAAACUCCUUACAACUUCCAGCAGGUUCCAGUCAACAAAGUCAGUCCUUAUGGUUUCUCAGCACAUGGUCAUAUGACUCAUUCACAACCUUUAUCAACAGGUGGGCAAAACUCUGGCAAACUGCAAGCCACACCUUCCUCAACUUCAUAUGCAGAAAGGCCAACAGUUUUGCCUAUAUUUACAUUAAUGGACUCCCAGGUUAGCUACCACUCUCAAGGAGAUCUACAAAGCCCUUACUCAGAUAAGGUGUCUCCAAGGCAGAGAAGGAGCUUAACAAGAGACAGCGAUACUCCAUUAUCCCUUCUCUCCGUCAACCAUGAGGAACUUGAGCGCUCCCCAAGUGGCUUCAGUAUCUCCCAAGACAGAGACGACUUCCCGUUUGGCCCCAAUGGGGGAUCGGCGUGGAUGAGAGAGAAACGCUACCUAGCAGAGGGGGAAACAGACACAGACACCGACCCUUUUACACCAAGUGGCUCUAUGCCUUUGUCUUCUACAGGAGAUGGGAUUUCAGACUCAAUAUGGACCCCUUCAAAUAAGCCAGUUUAAAAGUUUGUGUGGGGGCAGUCACUGGCUGACUUCUCCAUGUAAUGUAAGCAUACUUUGUAUAUCUCACUUACUCUACACCCAAAGCUUACUAGUUCAAAACACCAAUGGCUGCAUAAGAUGCAUGUGGUAUUCGUGGUAGUCAUUCUGCACCAUUUCAUACAAUUUACUAAUGCAGUUUUUUUCAUGCUACCAAAACUAAGGAGCUUAGUUUUGAGCAUGGUUUGCAUGACUUUACCCUAUAUAAAUGGUACAGCUGAUUUCUUCUAUGAUGCAUAUCUAUCUGAUACUCUUCAAUACAGCAAUGAUGAAUUGAUAACAGGUGAGAUAUGGUGGUCCUUGCUACAUUUUGUAAACAGAGCAGCAAAGUAAAAAUAUUUUCAGGA